GUAUGGUUCUUGUAAGUCAAGUCUGAGUCGUAACCGACCUAGGAAAAAAAAACACGAAUAUCAGGAACAAAACCCUUGAUUAUAACCCGAAUAGAAAGUCCCAGCAAUUUUGUGUUCUUGUUUCGUCAACUUCUAAAUCGUUUGACGUUUAUAUGCUCUGGCUGCGUGAAUUCUAAGCUUGGAUUUGGCUCUGGAUGUCCUCGAAUGUUUACGUUUGAGCUGAUUCGGUGACUGCGAGUUGUGUGGCUUCCCGGAAUGAGUUGGCUUCGCAGAUCUGAUAAGUGAUUGGAGUUUGGAUGCUUCUAUUGUUUGUGUUAUGGAUAAAUAUGUAACUGUGGUAGCUCUGUUUCUGUUUUUGAUUUUCACCGAUGUUUCCAGUGCUUCACUGCUCUCUAAGUUUCGAUAUUUGGUUGCUGUAGAUUCAAGCAACAAUAAUUACAAAUCUGCCCGAAUUGAAGUUUCUCCAUCACCAAGUCCUGUUUCAACCAGUUCAAACGAUUCAAAAAAGGAUCCUCAGGGACCCAACAGCAAUGAUCCACAUAAAGACGAUCAUACGGGUUCGAGCAAGAAGGGAUCCGGGAGCUCAAAUCCUAAAACUCAAACAAAUGGCGCCAAUAAUCAGGAAACCAAGAAGAAUGACGAUGAUAGAAGUAUGUCAAAGUCAGUAAUUAGUGAAAAUUGUACGGGUCUGGUUAAGAGGUGCAAGGACCUGAACUCAUUGAUUGCAUGUAUUCCUAAUUUCCGUUCCGGGUUGAAAGAAUUUGGUGUGCUGGUGGAAAAUGUAGGAGAUGUCGCUUUGAACGUGAAUCUUUCUCUCCCAGUUUCUCUAGAGAAUAGUUACAAGUCAAUUGAAAUACCGAAACACCAUUCCCGGAAGAUUAAUGUCACCGUUGACAAAAGCACCAAGCUAAUCUUCGAUGCUGGAAAUGGGAAGUGUGUGCUUCACAUAGGGCCCGAUGAAUCUGAAGAGAAUUUUUUCCUGCACCUUCCUUCUUAUGAGAAGCUGGUGACCCCCAUCAACGGUGCUUAUUUCAUAAUUUUUACUGUGAUAAUUUUUGGUGGGGCAUGGGCUUGCUGUAAGUUUGGGAAGAAGAGACAUCAGGGUGAAGUCGCUUAUCAAGAGCUUGAAAUGGGAUUGCCGGAAUCUCACAUGUCUAACAGUGUGGAAUCAACGGAAGGUUGGGAUCAAGGAUGGGAUGAUGACUGGGACGAGGAAACGGCCUUCAAGUCACCAGUAAGUCAUCCUGUAGGAAACGUCUCAGCCAAUGGCCUUACUUCAAGAGCCUCAAACAGAGAUGAAUUGCAAAAUGACUGGGAUGAUUAGUGAUUUUAUACCGAGCUGGAUGAUGAGGUAAAUUAAAAGGGAAAAAAAUAGACACAGAGAAUACCAAAUCUGCAAUGUUAGCUGUAAAGCUUUCUAAUACGACUUGGGGUUGUGCUGCACUGGUUAAUGCACUGAAUGCUAUUUUUACUUCAAAUACCGGAGGUAAUAUAUUUUUCUUUCUUGAAACCUAUCUUCUGUUGUUUUGUUUUUUCGCUGGAUAUGAUUCUGGGUUACAUUUGUUUUGUACAAUAUUUUGACAUCCAGUCUCCUUUUGGGUAAAAACAGAAUGUUCUUUCAAAAACUUUUUGUGUUGUAUUGUUGAGAGAGGUUGGACCUUGGAGGAGAAA